AUGGGUCAGCAUUCCAACAUAUCCUCCCUCUUACUAUUUGCAUUUCUUAAUUUAUUCUUCAUUCAUGGCAACAUAACUGGUGCGGUUGCACGCCACCUCCUAGAGAUGCCUGUCCCUGAGAUACCUAAACCAGAACUACCAAAGGUUCCAGCCUUGCCAAAGCUUGAAAUCCCAACUCUGCCGAAGCCUGGGCUUCCAACCAUACCAAAGCCUAAAAUUCCAGAACUACCAAAGACAAAAUUCCCCAAGUUACCAAAGCUAAAAGCCCCAACUAUGCCAAAGCCUGAAAUUCCAGAACUACCUAAACCAACUCUUCCUUCACUUUCUCCACCUUACAAACCUGCUACUCCUUGA